CAUUCAAUGCAGUUAUUUCCUUUUUAAGGUCAAGAAUUUCUUGUAUGACAAAUCAAAAGGACCAAACAAGGCCUAUCAUUAGUUAUGAUAUUUCAGGAUAGUGUUUUUUCAUACUUGGUAGUAUGCUAAUCUGCCUUCAUUGUUCAUGGGUAUAUUGUCCUAGCAACCCAUAUUGUACUGGAUCAUUUGGAUCCCAGUUAGGGUUUUGUUUCAUUGCGGGUGCAAUGGCUUUUUUCCUUGUGGGGAUGACAAUUGAUCAGUAUGUGGCCAUCUAUGUGCCACUGUGCUACUUGUCUAUCAUGAACUGGAAUAUGUGCACAGGAUUGGUGGCAACUGUAUGGUUCAGUGGAUUUCUUCAUUCUGUUGUACAGAUUGAUUUUCUUCUCCAGCUGCUAUUUUGUGGUCCAAAUGUACUGGACAAUUUCUACUGUGAUGUCCCUCAAGUCAUCAAACUGGCCUGCACUGAUACUCUCAUGACUGAACUACAGAUAGUGUUUAGUAGUAGAGUGAUUAUUAUUAUUCUUUUUGUAAUUUCUUACAAUGACAUCUUGCUUAAGAUAAGGACAUGCACCACAGAAGGGAAAUGGAAAGCCCUGUCUACCUGUGGAACCGAGAUAACUGUUGUGAGCUUAAUAUUCAUCCCCUACAUCUUCAUCUAUGCCCAACCUUAUAAGAAAUUCCCUAGGGACAAGGUGGCCUCCCUUGUUUAUACUGUGGUCACUCCAAUGGUAAAUCCAAUGACUCACACAUUGAAAAACACUGAGAUGAAAAAGGCCAUGAGGAGAACACUGGGAAAAAUAUUUCUCUCAGGAGGAAUACAGAAACCAGACCAGACAGCAGAUCCAAAGACAUCAGGUCUGGUGCUUCCAUGAGAAAACUGUGUUCAUCUCUCCUUCAGUAAGUGAACAACUUUCUAGGUGUGAGAUGAAGGCAACAUUCACCUCCCAUCAGCUUAGGAAGGUCAGUCACAUGUUUUCUUGUCCUCCAUGGAAUGUGCAGUAUGGUGUGAUUUCUAGAGCCUAAUAAGAGUUUUCUGCAAUAAAUGACCUGCAAAGACAUCACCAUGGCACACCCGGGGUACUGACCAUGUGAGGGACCCUAACCUCGCCCUUGUUCUCUCUGGUGGAAAUCACAGCUGGGCAUUCCACUCCAGCAUGUCUCACUUCAGCAAUCUAGUGUAGUUUCAUCUCUAGGUUAGCAUACCAGAAAACUAGCUUGGUAAACUUGAUUUUUAUAUCUGCUUGUCACAUAGUUACAAAGGGUCUUUAUAGUAGAGUCAGAUAUAGGUUCAUUGUACACCUUUUCCCUCUCUUAUCCUCACUUUGGAUGGACUGUGUAGAUUUUAGGAUCAGUCCUGGAAGGAAGCGUCCUGGUCCCACAUUAGACAACAAGGAGCUGGUUGACGGAUAAGAUUGUCCCAGGGCUUGCUCAAGGGUGCUUCAGGGAUGGAGGUUCUGCCCCCACACCAUUCCCCUCUUCUUUGCUGUGCCCCAUCCUCCAGUUUCAUCUCAGCAAUCCUCACAUGACCGUGGUCUCCUACAAAUCCAGAGUCUUCUACGUGGAACAGGCAUUCUGAACAUAAUGCUAAAGAAGGACAAAUGUGACAAGUGAGGAGGCAGACCUCCCAUGGUGUUUCUGAAUCACUAAGAAAUUAAAAUUUAUUUGUAGAUCCUGAUAGAAGAUCUAAAAUUUUUUUUUGAGGAAAUGUCAGGCCCAAAACUGGGCCACCUGGAACCAGGAAGAGACCUGGGGGAGCAGGAUGGAUGUAGAGAAGAGAAAAUUCUGUCUGCAGGAAUAUCUGACAUCACCUCAUGGAGGAUGUUGUAUGGAGGAGAAAACUUAGAAGUUCCCAGAUCUGCCACAGAAAGUGCUGCUGAACACCAAGCCACCCAACCUACAAAUGACCUCAAACUCAGAAUUAACAUAGUCCUUUGGGUCUCAGAUACAGCUAAGUGUCCUUAUGCCUCAUAUGGUAGGCUAACAAGGCCACGAAGGGCCUGUGUAGUAGGUGCCAGAGAUAACGAAGGUCUGUGCACUGCAGGUGCCACCAAAUCCCCUUCAAAGGAGCCGGAUGUCAAUACUUCUGGUCUGUUGUCUGAGGAGCUCUUAGGUGACAUAGACACUGACUGGUUGUCUUUCACUUCUGAAGGAGUGCUGAAGGACUGCUUUCAGGGUCAGUUGUGUGACAGGAGUGCAAAGGGACAGAAACUCUGCACCAGAAACCAUGAGGCUGCUCAGAAUGGUGGUAACUGUGCUCCUCAAGGAUCAUGCUUCUCAAGGACCAUGGAGCCAACCCUGGGUGAAGAAAUUUCCCCAGUACAUCAAAUCUGAUCAUGGACACCAUCCCAGAUUGGGGAUGCUG